GGAGACAAGCGACCGUCAUGAUGCGAUGCUGUGCUUGUUGCUGAGUGCCGUGGAAGCGGUAGAGUUAAAUGCCGGUCGGUGGGGUUGCCUGAUCAUCUAGUUCGUCACAUCUCUGCGAUCAGGCGAGCAGACUCGAGUGCGCGCCACGACCAUUGAAGAGCUCCACAGCUUGAGCGACUUCGGCAGGUAUAUAUUACUUGUUAGCUACUCACCCACUGUACCUUUCUUCAACCGAGCAUUCAUCCUCGUAAAUCAGAGUGAUCUAAAAACCUUGACCUACAUAAAGCUGAUCACCGCCCUUAUCUUUCACCUCUACCGCAUACCCGGCCACCCACAUUCACAAUGGGCAAGGUUCUCCUCGUUUUGUAUGAUGGCUUCGAACACGCCAAGCAGGAGCCGCAGUUGCUAGGUACGACCGAGAACGAGCUUGGCCUCCGACAGUGGAUCGAGGAGCAGGGUCACACCCUCGUGACCACCUCCGACAAGGAGGGUGAGAAUAGCAAGUUCGACCAAGAGCUCGUUGAUGCCGAGGUCAUCAUUACCACCCCCUUCCACCCAGGCUACCUUACGGCGGAGCGUCUCGAGAAGGCGAAGAAGCUCAAGAUUGCUAUAACUGCCGGUAUCGGUUCUGACCACGUUGACCUUAAUGCUGCCAACAAAACUAACGGUGGCAUCACCGUCGCUGAGGUCACCGGCUCGAACGUCGUCUCCGUAGCUGAGCACGUGGUCAUGACCAUCCUCGUCCUUGUCCGCAACUUCGUGCCAGCCCACGAGCAGAUUGCUGCCGGUGACUGGAACGUUGCUGCAGUCGCUAAGAACGAGUACGAUCUUGAGAAUAAGGUCGUCGGCACUGUCGCCGUUGGCCGCAUUGGCGAGCGUGUCCUUCGCAGACUAAAGGCCUUCGAAUGCAAGGAGCUCCUCUACUUCGACUACCAGCCACUUUCCGCCGAGAAGGAGAAGGAAAUCGGGUGCAGGCGAGUCGAGAACCUCGAGGACAUGCUGGCUCAGUGUGACGUUGUCACGAUCAACUGCCCGCUGCACGAGAAGACCCGUGGCAUGUUUAACAAGGAGCUCAUUAGCAAGAUGAAGAAAGGCUCGUGGCUCGUGAACACUGCCCGUGGCGCCAUCGUCGUCAAGGAGGAUGUUGCCGAGGCCCUCAAGAGCGGCCAGCUCCGCGGCUACGGUGGUGAUGUGUGGUUCCCGCAACCAGCACCAAAGGACCACUCGCUCCGCUACGCAUCGUACACCACCUGGGGCGGCGGAAACGCCACGGUACCGCACAUGUCUGGUACUUCGCUCGACGCGCAGAAGCGCUACGCUGCUGGUACGAAAGCCAUCUUGGACUCGUACUUCAGCGGACGGGAAGAUUACAGGCCGGAAGAUCUCAUCGUGCACAAGGGCGAUUACGCCACAAAGGCCUACGGCCAGCGCGAGAAGAAAUAGAUCGGGUACGCGUAAACAUAUGAAGAGACAUGUAAACAAAGUUUGAAGGGGGUCGAUACUGUUGGAUAUUAGAAGUGGUGAGAACGUACCAAUGCAUCGUAACAGCAUGCCGAGUCUGCAGGACAACUCUGUCAACUGAUUAUGGUAUACGGCGGAAACAUUGUACGUCCACUGUCUCAUACUCGCUCCGUCG